AUGGGAGCGCCCCCCGCAAGGGGAGCGGCGGGGCGCGGCGGAGGGGGCUCGGGGAGUGCUCUCGGAACGUACGGGCCCGCUUCGGGCGGCGGCGGCGGGGUGCCGAUGCCGUCCGCUCUAGCAGGGCUGAUGGGGCUCCCAGGUGCCGGUGCGGUGGGGGAGGAGUACAAGCUAGGUGGUGGUAAGCCUGGAGCCAAGGCUGCAAAGCCCAUGAGCGAAAUGGAAAAGAUGGUGGAGGAGAUGAAGCAGCGGCAGGAGCAGCGAAUGAACCCAGGGAAGGCGCACCGCGGGCAGCAGGGUGGGAGACAGAUCGACACCUUUUUUGAGGAGAUCAAGGGACGAGUAGACAAGGGAUCUAGCCACCAGAUGUACUCCGACCAAACUCCCAGCUCCGGUUCCAUGGACGACGGCGACCCGACCUCGACCAACUUGUACCUGGGUAACCUGGCCCCCACGGUAACAGAGGAGGCUUUGCAGGAGGCGUUUUCCCCGUUCGGUAAGGUGUACUCGAUCAAGAUCAUGUGGCCCAGGACCGACGAGGAGAGGGCCCGCAAGCGGAACUGCGGGUUCGUGAGCUUCUGGCGGAGGGAGGACGCCGUCAACGCCAAGAGGGCGAUGAUGGACACGGACUUCGAGGGGCACCGCAUGUCUAUCGGGUGGGGCAAGCCUAUCAACAAGCUGGCCAAUGCCGUUGGCGUUGAGACCAAGAUUGAGGGGGAUGACGCCCCCCCUCCCGACGUGCUUGACCCUGGCCUUCCGGAGAGCCUGCAGAACCUCACCCCGGAGGCAAAGGCCAGCCUGCAGAAGAUCCUACCCACGCUCAACCCCAGCAACAACGCGGUGGCGGCGUCUCUCCAGGCGCUGACGGGGGCCAACAACUGGCUCGGCACGGUAGCCAAGUUUGGGAUAAGUUCCAAUAACGGAGGUGCCGCCGGGGGGGCAAUGGCUGGCCUGGUGGCGGGUGCUUCUGCGUCUCCCCGCCCGGGGUUGCUAGGCGGCAUCGGAGGCGGCGCUGCCCCCGCUCGGCCCAUCCUCACCACGAGCAGCAGCGGCGGCAAGAAAUCGAACGGGAAAAGGUUCGCCUCAUCCUCCUCCACCAAGAAGUCCAACGGCGGCGGGGGAGGGGGCACCGCAGACGGCGACGGGGGCGGCGACCCCCGUUCGAGAUCCAGGUCGAGGUCGGGGUCUCGGAGCAGCUCGAGGUCUUCCAGAUCUUCUAGGUCCUCUAGGUCUUCUAGGUCGUCGAGAUCGUCUAGGUCUUCGUCGAGGGGUCGGCGGUCUAGCAGCCGAGGGAGCUCGCGGUCGAGGAGCAGCGGGAGCAGCAGGUCGCGGUCGGGCAGCAGGGGGGGUCGUUCUAGGUCGCGGUCUUCGUCGAGGAGUCGCGGCAGGGGGCGCGGAAGGAGCAGGCACCGCAGCGACAGCCGGUCGAGGUCGAGAAGCCGACGGUCGGAGGACGGGCCUCGAAAGGGGGACGUCAAGAUUGAAGUGGAGAUCCCAGCGGAGAAGGAGAGGCGCUACAUGGUGGACCGCACGGCACGCUACGUUGCCAAGGACGGGCAGCCUUUCGAACAACGCCUCCUGGACCGCGAGGCUGGAAACCCUGACUUCGCGUUUCUCUUCGAGUACGAGUCUAAGGAGGGGCAGUACUACCGUUGGAAGGUGUUUUCUCUCGUGAUGGGAGAUAGAGAGGACCGUUGGGUUACCCGGCCGUACCAGAUGACCCCCAACGGCCCCUGGUGGGUCCCUCCGGAAGAGCCUUUGACUUCUUCCAGCGACAGCGAGGACGAGGAGGAGCGCGAGAGGCAGAGGGAGAUCAAGCGGAAGAAGGAGGCCCUGGCCAACAGGUACAAGUAUCAAACCGGGCGCGAGCUGGAGAAAGCCCGCGAGCAGGACAAGGGUGCGGAGGAGCUUAGCGACAAGGACUUCGACGCCUUCAGUGCCCUCCUCAGAGGACUGACCAACAGUCGUGCCAAGGUGAAGGAAGCGAUGGGCUUUGCGCUUGACCACGCGGACGCCAGCGCGGACGUGGUCGGGGUCCUGAAGGAAAGCCUCCUCGUGCCCGAAACCCCGAUUCACGUGAAAAUCGCGAGGCUGUACCUGCUGUCGGACAUCCUGCACAACAGCUCGGCCCCCGUGAAGAAAGCCUCCUCGUACAGAACACACCUACAGAAGGGGCUACCGGAGAUUUUCGACGGGCUGAAUGAAGCGUUCCGCGGUGUGGAGGGGCGAAUGACUGCGAAGCAGGUGGAAGACAGGAUCAUGGCGCUGCUGGCGGCGUGGGACAACUGGUCCAUCUACCCCCCGCUGUACAUCACCGGCCUCGAGGCGUCCUUCAUGCGCAAGUCUGGGGACCUCGAAGCGAAGGACCUCACCGGCGUGGAGGAAUCGUCCCUCGACAAAGAAGCCUUGGCUCAGAAGGCUAAUCAGGCUGGAAUCCACACGGAGGGCCUCUCCGCUCUGGACCUCCUCAAGCGGCUCAACUACCUCAACGAGUACGCCAAGCGCAAGGCGGCGAGAAAAGCGGGUGGUACCGCCGCCGCUGCCGGUGGUGCUGGCGCGGGGAGUGCCGGUGGCAGCGGCAGCGCGGGCGGUCGGGCGGAAGACGAAGGCAGUGGUGGAGACGAAGACGACGAUGAUGAUGAGGACCUGGAUGGAGUACCGCUGGACGAGGCGUCUGCUGCUGCUGCUGCUGCGGCGGCGGCGGCGGCGGCGGCCGCAGGAAACACCGGCGGUAAGCACGGUGCCGGCGGCGACCUCGGCAGCAGGAGGGUUCCCGCUCCGGCUUCCGGCAGUGCUGCGGGCGGCGGAGCUGGCGGUGGCGGCAGGAGCCAGUGGAAGCCCGUCAAGGCUAACCUCGGCAACCCGAGCUCGUCGUCUUCCGAUGACGACGAAGACGUCGAUGGCGUUCCUCUCGACGCCGCCGCCGCCGCCAUCGCCGGGGUCAAGACCACCAGCGGCGGCUCGGCAACGACGAUGACGAUCUCCGCCCCUACUGCUAGGGGGUUGGCCUCCCCCGAGCGGGGUGGAGGGGCCAUGUCCCCGCCCCCGCCCAUGUCCCCGCCGCCGGCCGCGGCGGCGGGACGAGGCUUGUCGCGCUCGAAGGCGGCCGGCCUGCCUCCGCCCGCCGCGGUCAUGAAACGGCCGCCGCCGCCAACAGCUGCAGCAGCCAAGAUCGCCUCCUCCUCCGGGAGUGGGUCCGUCUCGGGGCUGGCGAGAAGCGGCAGCGGUGACGCUACUGCUAAGGCGGCGGCGAGGACGUCUUCUUCCCCCCCAGCUGCUGCUCAGACCCUCGCUAAGGGUAAGGGGACCGGCGGCGGCGGUGGCGGCGGGGAGCGCGGGGGGUCCAGCGACUCCUCCGACGACUCUGACGGGGAGGGGGCAGGGCCCGGAAAGAUUGAUGUCUGGGGGGAUGAGAUGGGGGACAAGGGCGGCGGCGGGGCCGGUCAGGCCGAGGGGGGCGCAGGCGCGGGCGCAGCGGCUGGGGAAAGCGGUAAAGGAGGGGCAGGCGGGGCCGGGGGGGAUGCUGCGCCGAAGAUGACGGAGAAGGAGCAGGCGAGUCGGCGCAUGGAGCGGAACGUUCUUCGCAAGGUGGAGACGGAGGUGCUGAAGCUGAGAGAUGACUUGGAGGCGAAGGGUACCCCAGAGGAGCAAAUAAAGUCCCGGUGCGCGGCGAAGCGGGCAGAGAUGAUGGACACUUGGGAGAAGAACAAGGUCACCCUGAAGCGUGGCUCCAGCAGCAGCAGCAGAAGCGGGGGUGAUAGCAGGGACAGGAGGGACAGCAAGUCGCGGGAGCGAAGCAAGCCCAGAGACAGCGGCAGCGGCGGCGGUAGCAGCAGCAACGGACGCGAGUCCGGUGGAAAGGGGAGAGAAGCGAGCAGCAGCAGCGGCGGCGGUGGCAGGGACAGCGGCAGCACCCGGGAGCGUCGGAGUUCUGUCGGCAAGGAGUCGGAGGCGCACUCCUCCGGCAAACGUCCCCACUCGGCCUCCCCGUCGGCCACCUCUUCCUCGGACAGGGGGGGCAGGGACAAGGACCGAGGACGAGGUCGCGACAGGGAGCGUUCGAGCUCGCGGGGUAGAUCCGACAGGCUCGACAGAAAGAGCACCAGCGGUCGGGACUCGGCGGCAGACAAGGACGGCGGUAGCGGCAGGGCCGACCGUAGCGGAGACAAAGACAAGGCAAGGGACGGCAGCAGCAGAGGCGACAAGGAUAGCAGCGGCGGCGGCGACGGCAAGAGAAAAGACCGUAGGCGGAGCAGGAGCAAGAGCCGCAGCCCUUCUUCCAAGCGGGCGAAGCGGGCGAGGAGCAGCGACAGAGGGGACAGGGAUCGGGAUAAGAAGGACAGGGACCGCCGGCGCUGAAGAAACUAACUUAAGUAGCCAGCUCGACGGGUCAAAUUCUGCAGCAGAAUCUAUUUUGUUUGCUCCUGUUUUCUCGGCUACGUGAGUUCCUUACCUUGCUUUUCUUUUUUUCCUCCGAUUUCCUUGGUGGUAAACUCGGUCGGCACUCUCUUUCGGCGAGACUGUGUGCCGAGUGCCGGGGGUGUAUCGCUCUCGCGUAAUAUCCAGGCAGCGUUUGUGGGUGUGCAAAAACACGUUUGCGACCGCAGGGUAGGGUGCCGUAUUUGCUACUCUAUGAAGCGUCGCGCGCUCCUCUUCUUGGUUAGUUGUGCACGCGUGCAUGCAGUGAGCGUUGAAAUUACGGUGCAAGACUCUUUUUCUUCCUUGAUGGUUCUUGAUUGCGGGGCCUGUGGCGACGCAAACGCCUGGCAGUCAAGCCUUCUUCCAAAGUAGUAGUGGUAUAAGUGGUGGUGGUGGCAGCAUCAGCAGCAGUGGCAGAAGUAAAUGGCAACAGACAUGAGCACCGUAAGGCGAUGCUGUCGGAUCUUCUUGGUGUCUGUUUGCCUUCUGAUGCAGACAAGGGCCAAGUUCUCACGGGUUCUGGAUCAAAAGUUCCAUGAGUUUUUUUUUUUUUUUGCGAGGGUGGAUGGGUUUAAGUUAAGGGUGUCGCUCUCAGUUCGGUGUGCGUGUGUGUCUGGCUGUAUACUCCCCGGGGGAAACGAGGAUGGACGUGGUGCUCGUCUGUCACCGGCCUUGGGGGACCUCAACCAUCAUCACCAUUGGACCGGGUAAGCCGAUCUUACUCUGUAAAGCGUUAGUUUUUUGCUGAAACUUAAGUUGAGCUCGUCGUCAGCUUUUUUGGCCGAGCUGGGCGUGACGUUGCGCCGGACGAGAAAGAAGGCUCUUCUUGGCUCAUCUUGGUCGUGAUGGUCGAGAACGAACGGCAACCAAGCAGUGCGCAGGACGGACUGGCAGGCAGGCGAAGGAACACCCAUCCAUCCGCCGUGUACCACCAGCAGAGGAUAUUGUCGGGGGGGCACACACGCGCCACGGGGGACUCGCACGCAUCCAUAUGGUGACCGACAGGUGUCUCCCACAAGUUUCGUGUCUCCACCAGAGGCAGGCAGGCAGGCAUGGACGGAGACUCACAUCGUUUUCGCGAGAACAGCUAUCUGUCGGUCAUGCCAGACAACGAAGAACAAGCCUUAAG